UCUUUCACAUGGCUCAUGCUAGGCAGUUGUAUGACCAAUGAAGGAUGUUACACCAUAGGUGGUAAAUGCCAUAAAAAUUCAUUCAGUCUUGGUUUUGUUUUAUUUUCUAAUUAAAUUCAAGUGUGUGGAAUAAUCUCAUAAUAUUUAAAGUUUCGUUCAAGAGAAAAAUACAAGAAAAUUGGCCCAGGUGACCUAAAUAAAAACACCCCAAAUCUUAACUUCUAACCACGCCAUACGGUUGUGCUGAAGUGACUAAUUUUGCGUCGAAGUACACUUCGGACACUCACCCAUGGCCUCCAACGGCAUGGAUGUCGGUGAAUCAAGUGCCGACAGAAAUGUUGAAAUAUGGAAAAUCAAAAAACUUAUAAAAAGUCUGGAAGCAGCUAGAGGGAAUGGAACGAGUAUGAUAUCACUCAUUAUACCUCCUAGAGAUCAAAUAGCUCGUGUGAAUAAAAUGCUUGCUGAUGAGUUUGGUACAGCUUCAAAUAUCAAAAGUAGGGUAAAUAGGCUUUCUGUGCUGGGUGCUAUCACGUCUGUACAACAGAGGCUUAAAUUGUACAACAAAGUACCACCCAAUGGGCUUGUUAUAUACUGUGGCACAAUCAUUACUGAGGAGGGUAAAGAAAAGAAAGUGAACAUUGACUUUGAGCCAUUCCGACCCAUAAACACUUCACUUUAUCUUUGUGACAAUAAAUUUCAUACAGAGGCAUUAACAGCAUUAUUAGCUGACGACAACAAAUUUGGAUUCAUUGUAAUGGAUGGUAAUGGGGCACUAUUUGGCACAUUGUCAGGGAACACAAGAGAAGUUCUACACAAAUUUACUGUAGAUUUACCAAAGAAACACGGUAGAGGAGGUCAGUCUGCCCUCCGUUUUGCUCGUCUCAGAAUGGAAAAACGUCAUAACUAUGUGAGAAAAGUGGCAGAAGUAGCCGUUUCAUUAUUCAUUGCAAAUGACAAGCCAAAUAUUGCUGGAUUAGUUUUAGCUGGUUCUGCUGAUUUUAAAACAGAGCUAAGUCAAUCAGAUAUGUUUGAUCAACGAUUGCAAGCCAAGAUCAUUAAAAUUGUAGAUGUUUCCUAUGGUGGAGAAAAUGGAUUUAAUCAAGCAAUUGAACUUGCUGCUGACUCAUUAGCAAAUGUGAAAUUUAUUCAGGAAAAGAAACUCAUUGGCCGUUAUUUUGAUGAAAUAUCUCAAGACACAGGGAAAUAUUGCUUUGGUGUGGAAGAUACCUUGAAAGCUAUGGAGAUGGGUGCUGUAGAUAUUUUAAUUGUAUGGGAAAAUUUGGAUAUACAAAGAUUUGUUUUAAAGAAUCAUUCAACAGAAGAGGAAAAAAUUUUACACCUCCGGCCCGACCAAGAAAAAGAUAAAACAUAUUUCAUAGAUAAAGAGACAGGUGUUGAGUUAGAGUUGAUAGAACAAAUGCCACUUCUAGAAUGGUUUGCUAACAACUACAAAAACUUUGGUGCCACACUAGAAAUUAUUACAGACAAAUCCCAGGAAGGAGCUCAGUUUGUGAAAGGCUUUGGUGGAAUAGGAGGAAUAUUGCGGUAUCAAGUAGACUUUCAAGCUUUAGACUCGUCUUUGCAGGAGGCAUUUCUUGAAGAAUUUGAUUUGGAUGAUUACUAAAACAUAUGCUAGGGAUGCAGGCCUUCUGUUUUUUUCUAUACUUACUUCUUUCUCUAUAAACACGUUGCUAAUGGAAUCCAGCCUUUAAAAGUUUGUAAUAGUGGUAAUUCAUGAUACCAUACUAAAAAAAAGUCCUGUUUGAGAUAGGGCCACACCGAGAAAGCUUACCACUGAGUAAAUACCCAUAUAACGAAUAAGUUAUGUGAACAUUGGAAAAAAAAACAAAUCAGCACAGACAGCGCUGAUUAUUAAUCUGGACAAAGUUCUGGUCUGGACUUUCAUAGACUUGCUUGUACAAAUGUUAGUUUUGGUUAACACUAUGUAAACAAGUUCAUACUCUCCAGUUGGUUUCUUCACUUUUAGGUGUUUUCAUGUCUUACUGAGCUUAAAACACACAAAGGCUUGUUUUGCCUUAAACCUGAGAUACUUGCUUUGUUCCAUCAGAUACCAUGUAAUGCAAUGUAAAAAAAAAAUGUAAACAAAAGUGAAAUUUUGUUGAUAAUUAAUCAUUGAUUGUUCAUUAUGUUGUUUCAGAUGAUGUCUUAAAUCAGUGAGUUUGUAGAUAUAUUUUAUUGUAAGAAUGACUGUUGAAGAAUUUAAAAGCAUUUUCCAUUUUGUUUUUUUUUUUUUAAUUGCAUUUUUUAUGUCCAUCUGUUAAAUUCUUACCCAAAUCUUAAAAAAACAACAACAUAAUGCUAUUUAUUGCAAAAUAAUUUAUGCUGAUUCACUUUUUAGUUUGUUUUUAUUUGUAUUUUGUCCCCUUAUUUCUGUGGGUCUGUGGGUUGCCAGAUAAUCAUGAUGCAGAAUAAAUUCAUUUUGCAAUGUCUGCUGUUUUCAAUUUACUGGGACAUGGUUAGAAAUAUACUUGUUUUCUUUAUCACUUGUUUUUAAGUAGCAGUAAAUAUCUGGAGAACCAAAGUGCUAGCAUUUAAAACAUAAUGGAAGAGAAACAAUUGUGAUUAAAUUAUUUACAAGAUACACAUUUUUAUUUUGGUUUAGUUUUAUUAUCAAGCUCCUGUGUUUUUUCAUUUCUUGUCUUAUUGUGCUACCCACUUUUCACUCCUAUAUCACAAAAAACAACAACACCAGAUUAACUGUUACACCAGAUUAACUGUUAAUCUUAACUCUCUCACAAAUAACAUUAGAUGCUCUUGCAUACAAAGUAACUUGAAUUUACUAAAAUCUGGUUAGUAAGUUGACUCCUUAUUCCUGACAUAAUAGCUGCAUUGAGUAUCACACAAGGCACUUCAUUGAAUUGUCACUGAUUAUAAAUAAAUAAUGGUGUUUUUUCUUCUUCUUGGGUAACUACUU